AUGACAAAUAUUAACAAAUACAGCAUUUACCGAUCUCAAACUCUCACGCAAAACUACAACCUCUAUCACUCGGACCAGUCGGUUGCCGAAACAGGCUCGGAAACCUUGUCCUUUGACUUGUCCUCGGGAUUGCGAGCUCGCAUCGACCGAUAUUACCGAUACAAUGACUAUUGGAUCUGGUCCCAGCCUGGUCUAGAGCCCUCCAUGAAUUAUACCAUUGUCAUGAAAGAUGGUUCAGAUGGCUUUGCCUGCUUCACAAAAGCACAAAACAACUUUUUCGUCGACGACCCAACCCAGACACUGGGAUAUGUCGAUUCGUACCUAGCGGAUUACUUGAUCCACCAGGCACAGCAAUUUGCCCUGCCUUGGUUGCUGCAGCAGAUGAAUUCGGCUUCAUCUCGCCUCCAUACAUAUGACAUGGUGGAACCUCUGACGAACAAUCGAUUCAAAGUUUUGGAACUUGAUGGUUCGGACUUUAGUCUAAUUGUAAAUGCCACGAGUCAUAGGCCUUAUAAGAUCCGCUUCAUGGAGAAUCACGCGACGUUUGGAAAAGCUACCAAUGACCUCUUGCUCUCGAAUUACUCCGCCGUAUCUUUUGACGACAAGUCCGGCCGCCGGCUUCAGUUGCCUUAUCGUCUGCAAACAAUUUACAACUCCACGGAUGUUCUGGAAGAUGUCAAGCUAGACAGCAUCUCCAUUAAUCCACCGAUGAAGUCUGGCUUUUUCGAUCCCGUUUUGUCGCCCAAGGACACAUCCACUCCUCAGGCACCGAAGCAAAGCACACUGUACCCUCGUUCUGAAGUCCACGAAUUCUUUGAAUCUGGUCUCUGGGGCGGCCCAUUCGAAUCGUUCUUCAACACUUCGGAUGUUGUUGUUACGCAUCCAAUCCCCGACAUCCCCCAGAUUAUGGCCGUCUAUGUCGGCUACGCAGACUAUGUGCAGCUUGUUCUCAACUUCACCGACGGUGUUCUCAUUACCGAUGCAGCGCCUCAUCGAUCUCGAAUUCUUAUCCAAUGGGUCAAAGAAACACUCCAUAAAUCGGUUACACACAUUGUCCCCAGUCAUCACCAUCGCGACCACGCCGGAGGUGUGCCCGAUUAUGUCGAGGCUGGCGCAGUAGUCGUCGUCCCUGAAGUGGCCAAGAAGUAUUAUUCCAACAUCAACAACGGCAAGGUUAAAUUCGCUACAUACAAUGAGAAGAAUCCCUUUGUGCUCAAAGACGAACACAUCCAAUUUCGCUCGUUGUGGAGGGACGAGAAUCCCCAUGCUCGCGACUGGUCGUACGGUGUCGCAACUUCAGCCUGCCCAGCGAAGAAUGAAGGAGUAGUCGCGUUUGUAGCAGACGUGUGGAGCCCUGAUCCCGAUGAUGGGGGCAUGGGAGAUGCUGUGCGAUUCGAUAUCGGGUAUGCAAGACAGUGGCUGGAUGCAGCUGUGGACGAUGGGUUGCCAAGGAGCACCGUGGUAGUUGGGGCACACGGAGGAAACACCACGAUAGACAAGCUGGAGAGUUUGAUUAGCAUUACUGGGUAUGAGUAUCCCAACUUGGAGACGAAUGAUUGGAAGGCUGGCGGUGCGCUUUGCAAACAUCACUAG